AUGAAAGGGGAUAACCACAGCAGGGUGUCCGAGUUCCUCCUUCUGGGGCUCCCCAUCCCUCCAGAGCAGAAAAGCUUAUUUUUCACUCUGUUCCUGGCCAUGUACCUGACCACGGUGCUGGGGAACCUGCUCAUCAUCCUGCUCAUCAGGCUGGACUCUCGCCUCCACACUCCCAUGUACUUCUUCCUCAGCCACUUGGCCUUCACUGAUGUCUCAUUUUCAUCUGUCACUGUCCCAAGGAUGUUGAUGAGCAUGCAAACACUGGACCAGUCCAUUCCCUACGCAGAAUGCAUUUCCCAGAUGUACUUUUUUAUAUUUUUCACUGAUCUGGACAGCUUCCUUCUCACCUCCAUGGCAUAUGAUCGUUAUGUGGCCAUCUGCCACCCGCUCCACUACACCACCAUUAUGAGAGAAGGACUGUGUUGUUUACUAGUAGUUGUCUCGUGGAUCCUCUCCUGUGCCAGUGCCCUUUCCCACACCCUCCUCCUGGCCCAGCUGUCCUUUUGCGCUGACAACACCGUCCCUCAUUUCUUCUGUGACCUUGGUGCUUUGCUCAAGCUCUCCUGCUCAGAUACAUCCAUCAAUGAGCUGGUCAUUUUCACAGUAGGUGUGGCAGUCAUUACUGUCCCACUAAUAUGCAUCUUGAUCUCCUAUGGCCGUAUUGGGGCCACCAUCCUGAAGGUGCCCUCUACCAAGGGGAUCUGCAAAGCCUUGUCCACAUGUGGCUCUCACCUCUCGGUUGUUUCUCUGUAUUAUGGAGCCAUUAUUGGGUUGUAUUUUGUCCCUUCAUCCAGCAACUCCAAUGACAAGGAUGUAAUUGCUUCUGUGCUGUAUACAGUGGUCACUCCAUUAAUGAACCCUUUCAUCUAUAGCCUAAGGAACAAAGAUAUGAAGGGAGCCCUAGAGAAACUCUUCUACAGGGCAAUGGGCUCAUCUCAGUGA